CCGAGCUGGACCGGAGAGGACAGAGACAGAAGACACAGUGUAAAGGUGGACAGUUAAUUACUCGUGUGUCCGUUGGGAUUAUACUGGGACAGAAAGACUUCCUGAAGACACUCACUCGCCGCGCUGGUUUAGUUUUAAACCUCAGAAAAAAACUAACGCCGAACUUGACUUUUCUUUGAAGACUUUUUUGAAAGUUCAACCCGAGAGGACAACAUGCUCCCCAUCUGCCUCCUGUUGAUUUUAUCCGCCUCCGCUUUCUCAGAGUCGCAGGUGAGGGAGACGGAGACAUGGAUGCCCAUGAAGACCACACAAACGGCCGCCAUGUUGACACACCGCGACAACCUGGAGUCAUCGGGAGACGCCCCGAACGGCUCCGACUUCGGCUUCACGGACGACGACGAAGACGAAGACGAUGCCAUGUACGACCAAGUCGACGGCGAUGAUUACUACCCGUCGUACGACGACGAGGACGAGGACGAUUACGACGAGUUCUCGGGAUCUGGUGACGGAGCAACAACGGUGUCGCCUGGAAGAGAGUCCAAGCCGUCAGUGAAGCCUGAUGUGAACGACAACAAGAUCCCAGAGGUGCAGCCUCCAGUCCGGCCAACCAUCAGCCAGAUUGACAUCAUCAACAACAACGAAAUCCCCCUGCUGAGGAACGGGGUCGAGGCCGGCGAGGAGCACCCGUCCAACGUCCUCAUGUCCCACGCCAGCGAGGACAGCAUCUUUAACAAGACGGAGGUCCUGGCAGCUCUGAUCGCAGGCGGCGCCGUCGGCCUGAUGUUCGCCAUCCUCCUCAUCCUCCUCCUCAUCUACCGCAUGAAGAAGAAGGACGAGGGCAGCUACGAUCUGGGGAAGAAGCCCAUCUACAAGAAAGCCCCCACCACAGAGAUCUACGCGUAGACCCUGACCUCCUCCCCCUCCCCCACCACCACACACACAAACACACACCUCACUCCCUGAACCCUGAAAACCCAACCAGUGCCUCAUCAUCAUCAUCAUACCUCCUCCUCACUUUUCUUCAGCGGAGUGAUGCUCGAUAACAAACCAGGAGAGAAGCCCCCGACGACACAACCGAUGACUGACUCCUCCUACCUGACGUAUGCUAACAUUAUUGGUGCUCUCUUAACCAAUCAGAGGCUUUGUUGGCCUGCCUGUCUCUCUGUCUCGGGAAAGGAGGCAGGAGUGGACUCUUUCAGCUGCGGUACUCGGCGAUUAUCUCGUGUUUUUACGAUUUUUGUCCCCAUGUCAAGAGAAAAAAACAACAGAACUUACAAGCGAGGACGCGGAGAACGUCGAACUCCUCCGUCUCGCCGCUUCCCUUCCUUUCGUCUCGCCCCGCCUCCAGUUAAAACACUAACGCUGUGCAAUGACGUUUGUCUCGGUAUGGUACACGUUUAGAGUCCAGUUAUUUAUUUUCCCGCUCUGUCGUCCUCAUGUCGUCCUCUGGACCGUGUCUUGGACUGAAGCUUCUCACAUUGCUGUAGCGAAUGACUUUUAUGUGAACGUUUUUAUUCGAUUUAAAAAAAAAACGACUCCUUGUAAUGCAGAGAGAUUUCAGUUUUUUCUAUUAAAGGUCCCUUCGUGACGGGAAAGGAUUGACUUCACGUUGUUCAAUUUGAUUUUGAUUGGAAACAUGACUCACGCUGUGCAGCUUCAUGCUCUGUUUUCCUCCAGGACGGAUGUUAAUAAUUAAAAUAUUUGUUAAUUUUUUAUCCUCGCACUGUUCCGCAUCGCAGUGAGAGAAGAGACGGUCAAACAAGGGUCAAGAAGUAUUUGCAAAUCAUUGUUUCUGCUUGCGUUCACCUGCACGAAGCGCUGAACAGCCGUGUUCGUGUUCUGUGACUGUUCGGAUGCAGCAGAGUUCAUUAAAAUAACCUUAAAAGUCUUUUUCUCGUCACACCUUCUGGCAUGUUUGUGUCUCCUCGUGUGGGGAAAGUCCCGUCAGUCUGGCACGUCGCGCCAGAUAAGUAAGCUCGACUAAUCUGGGAGAAGAAUUUGCAAAUACUGUAUGACCCAGGUCACACACACACACACACACACACACACACACUUGCAUUGCAAAGUGUUUUGCUGCCUGUUUGGAGAAAACUUCAAAAGCCUGGAAGAUGUUUUACCACUAUAAUAAUUACCGCUGUGCCUCCAGGGUUUGUUUUUCUGUUAUGAUGGUGAACUCGACUGGAGUCAAACCAACAUGCUCCUACAAGGUGACACACCUACAUUCCUCACACACACACACACACACGCACACACUGCUGACCCUCUGUCACGGUAACGUUGGAGCUCAAAGGAGGUUCGACAUGUUGGGAAGUUAAGUUUCAGGCGGAGAGCUGGAUGAGAUGAUUGAUUCCACUCUCAUGGCUGAUAAAUGUGAGGCUACAACCAGCUGCCAGUUAGCUUAGCUUAGCUUAGCAUAAGGACCAGACACAGAUUGUUUCUGUGAGUUAAACGUACAGUACAGAGACCAUAUAACACUACGGCUAAUAUAUCUGGCUUUAAUUAUAUUAACUUUCAGGCACUUUUAUAUUACAAAGUGCCAAAGUCAGACGGUCAAACUUUGAAAAGUGAGCUUCCAGGCUGAAACUUCAAUUAUGAUGCGUCUGAUGUGACCCAGGUCCUGCUUUAAGAUCACUAAUUAGCACGUGACCUCUCGUCUGUUUGAUCGAUGCAAAAAGCUUUGAGUAAAAUUCACCGGAUCAGAUCAUUUCUGGGCUCUGUCCGGCGGCGAGCGUCGAUCCUCAGAGAGCGUAGAAACGUAUUUCCCAAAAUGUGGAACUUGUCCUUUAACUCCGCCUGUUUGUCCGUGUGAGGCUGAACACGGAGGCUCCUUCAUCAGCUUUUAAAUUCACGGCUCCAGUAAAUGUUGAUCACUUGUCCGAUGAAAAGUUUAAGCUCUGUGAUCGGAGAAACCGGUAGUUUGAGUACUUUCUGUUGUUUUUUUGUAAUCAUGGGGUCGAUUCUUUCUCAAUAAGCUACACCAACAGUUCGUUGUUAGUUAUAGAUUUUCUUUACUGGGUCUACGAGCACUCACUGAAGCCAUGAGCAGGUCUGAUGCUCACAUUUCUUCGCUGAACGCAGCAGCACACAGACUGAUCGACCAAGGAUUUGUACAUAGUCGCCACAUAAACUGAAAAAAAAACUGAAAAAAAAAAAGGUUAGCUUGGUACGUCGCCAUCCUGGCAACAA